AUGUCUCUCAACUGGGUGAUGCUCGACCAGGAAGGUUUUAUUCGCCUUCCUAAUGAGCGACUUGUAUAUACAUCUCCACCCCGCACCGCUCUCGUGUUGACGCCGCCAAGCGGCUACCAGGGCCAAGAGUCCUUGUCCCUGCAGAGCGGCACCGGCUGCAUUCACCUCACUAAUCAACGAAUUGUUUACCUCCCCGCUCAGAAAUCCAACGAGUUUCAGUCCUUUUCGUCCCCCUUGCUAAACAUCCACGAUUCCCAUGUCUCCGCACCUUUCUUCGGCCCCAAUUUCUGGCUUGCCCUUGUACAACCUGUCUCCGGCGGAGGCUUCUCGCCAUCCCUACCUGCUGUGCAGGUCAAGGUGAUAUUCAAAGAGGGCGGGGCGUUCGACUUUCACACAAACUUCGAGCGGAUCAGGGAGCGACUAGGACAAGCAGUCGAAAACAUAGGGGACGGUGCACGGGGCUUGCGAGGCGUCGAUCUUUCAGCCGUUCAUCUCGACGAGUUGCCCGCAUAUGAGGGCCCAGCCAACACAGAUUUGAAUAUCACAGCAGCGGCACCGAGCAACCAGGGCGCAUCUGUCAUUACACCCGAGCCUAUGGAGCCUCCGCCAGGUUAUGAGGAAGUUCAACAGCAGAGUGUAGCGCAUGAAUUGGAGGAGCAGAUGCGUCGAACCGGCCUGGCUGGUCGUGAAUAA